CCAGGAAUAUCUGCUAGCAGUCAUGAGGCUGUUUCAAACUGAAGUACUGAUUGGCUGACUGAUUAGUGUUGUGGCUGUGCUUGACAGGAUCGGUUUGAGUUAGGAGCCGCCGAUGGCUGUGCCCUAAUCAGUCAUUCGAUUGCGUUUCGGUAGCGUCACACAUAUACUCGCACUGACUCUGGCGUUUUCCCCAGGUACUAGCAACUUCUCGCACGUAUCCACUUUUCAUCUGACGACGUCAGGAUGUCAGCUCCCUACGUCUACACCCCACCCGCGUUUCAGCCAACGCAAUAUCUCCACUACAGCCCUUACGCACCCCGUUCACCAUUCCUACCUCCCCAUGCAGCCUUCCCACCAUCCCCUCACUAUCCUCCAUCUCCUUUUCUUCCAUCCACCACCCCUUAUUCCCCACCUUUUGCAGAACUUCCCCCCGAGGAUGGCUACUGGCCUCCUCGUCCGCGGAGACCGUCAUGGCAUGCCGGUCAGCCUCCUAGUCCAUACAUACAACCCCGCGACUCUCCGUAUCCCUCGAGACGACGUUCCUUCGGAGCCUACCAAUGGGGAAACACCCAAUUCCUACCCUGGGCAUAUCCUUACCAAGGGCCAUGCCCUCGUUUCGAGAUACAUCCACUUCUCAAUGGCGAAGUUCCCAACUCGGGGCUUUACUUCAACCUUGCGUCUCCCACUUUCGCACCGAUGCGAUAUAUCGGACCUAGCCAAGCUGUUAUAAUCUCCCCGGAGGAACUGAACCUUCCCGCUACGAAUCCGCCAAUCACUCGGAUGCGGAUAACACACGACGCUAUCCCAGACUGGCCGAUCGACCUCGAGCUGAGGUACGAUGAGUACCCAAUAACUGCAGGACCCCCACCUCCUAUCACGCUCGGUGACAUUCUGUACAUGAUACAUUCGUCACUUCAUCGUCAGAUCACCCAUCAUGACUGGAAUAAACUAUCCGACUCUGAACAGACGGCCGUUGCCAGAGCGUACACAAGGAGAUAUAAGAAUGUACCUUCCACGGCGGAGUUGGAGGCUAGUCAGGGAGUCAAGAGGGUGGAUUAUUUGCGGGAGAGGUAUAUCUUCAAGGGGUUGAUCAAAGCCCCUGACGAGGAUGGGUUCUUCCACUGGAGGAUGAUAACUUGAUUCGGUGACAGACUUAUACUCGUUUCUUUGUGUUUGGAUGCUCUGGGUUGGUUGUACUUUCUUUCGUCGACUUUUCGCUAGUACUAGGUAUACCUGGUGAUUCCCAUGAAUCUAUGUCUAUGUAAUUCAUUUUCAAAUCUUCCGCGAUGUGACUCAAGACUGAUUCAGAACGUCCAGUGAAAAAAGUCCUGAACAAGUCAA